AUGCCUCUUGGAACUGCUCAGGAUCUCGGCCACUUACCUCAACUCGGCCUUAAAAUGUCGCGCGUUGACAGGCAGAAAGAAAACACAGAUGUUUCAUAUGUUGAGAAUUCCGUGAGGGGGGCAGUCCACGAAGCCUCGGAACAUGGUCGAGCAGCAACCGACAGCCAUGGCCGGCCUCUGGUCUCUUUUGACGCCGCUGCCGAAGCUCGUCUCCGCAGGAAGAUUGAUCUCUACAUUGUCCCUUCUGUUGCUGUCAUUUACCUCUUCUGUUUUAUUGAUAGAGCGAAUAUUGGAAAUGCAAGACUUGCAGGCUUCGAGCAAGAUUUAAAUCUGAAAGGCUACGACUACAAUCAAGUUCUCUCAAUCUUCUACAUCUCUUACAUCCUUUUUGAGAUUCCAGCUAAUAUUGCUUGCAAAUACAUUGGACCCGGAUGGUUCUUGCCUGCUUUAACUCUCGGUUUUGGAAUCAUCACCGUGUGCUUCGCAUAUGUCGAAACAAUCGAGUCAGCAUGUGGUGUACGCUUUCUUCUGGGGUUCUUUGAGGCUGGCAUGCUACCGGGUAUCGCGUAUUAUAUGUCCCGCUGGUACCGCAGAAACGAGUUGACUUUCCGUCUGUCUCUUUAUAUCGUCAUGGCCUCCCUAGCUGGAGCCUUUGGUGGACUUCUUGCUUCGGCUAUAUUGACUCUGGACAAAUUUGGGAAUCUCCGCCGUUGGCGUAUGAUAUUCGCCAUCGAGGGUAUUAUUACGAUUAUUCUCGCGCUUGUUGCCUUCUUUACUCUGACGGAUCGACCUGAAACAGCACGUUGGUUGACUCAGGAAGAAAAAGAGCUCGCUAUCUCCCGAAUCAAGUCAGAACGAGUUGGUGCCACUGAAGUCCUGGAUAAACUCAGCAUUCAAAAAGCUAUUCGUGGAGUCUGGAAUCCGGUCACCUUAGCAAACUCUAUGGUGUUCCUUCUAGGAAAUGUCACUGUUCAAGGCCUAGCUUUCUUCCUCCCUACAAUCGUGCGCACCAUUUAUCCUAAGAAUUCGAUCGUAUCGAACCAGCUUCACACAGUGCCUCCAUAUAUCGUUGGGGGUUUCUUUAUCCUCUUGGUCAACUUUCUCAGCUGGAAGAUGGCGCGUCGCAAUCUCUUCUUGAUGAUUAGUGCUUUUCCAAUUAUAGCUGGGUACACAAUCUUCCUAGCUACGACCAAUUCCAAAGCUAGAUAUGCCGCGACGUUCUUGAUUGCUUCUGGGGCCUUCAAUUCAGGCGCUCUAUGUAACGCUCAAGUAUCAGCAAACGUCAUUUCUGAUAGUGCACGAUCAGCGGCCAUCGGCACCACCGUCAUGUUUGGCAAUAUUGGUGGUUUGAUAGCCAGUUGGUCGUUCCUACCCUUUGACGGUCCCAACUACCACACCGGCAAUGGGUUGAAUCUGGCUACUUCAUCGCUGAUGGUAAUAAUUACGGUGACAUUAGCAUUUUGGGCCAAAGGCAGCAACACCAGACGCAGCAAGAGAGACGUGGAUGCAGAGCUUUCUGGACUGAGCCCCCUGGCAAUCGAAAACUUGGACUGGAAGCACCCUGCAUUUCGGUGGCGACUCUGA